AUGGCCUCAAUAUUAUUUCACAUCAUCUUCUUUUGCCUUAUUUUGAGAACCACAACUGCUUCUGGUAGUAGUUUUAACCAAAAUUAUGAGCCUUACUUUGGAUUGGAUCAUUUCAAGCUUAUUCAAGGAGGGCAGGAUGAAGCGCAACUUACACUUGACCAAAAUGGAGGGGCUGGAUUUAGGUCCAAAGCGGAGUAUCAAUCGGGAAGGUUUCAUAUUAGAAUGAAGAUACCCAGACAAAAAACUAGAGGAAUCAUUCCAAACUUCUACCUGAUUUCACGGGAGGAGUCAGGAAUUCAUACCGAACUUGAUUUCGAGUUCUUGGGCACAACUGGAGAUUUGCAAACGAACAUGUUUGCAAAUGAUUUGGGGGGAAGAGAGCAACAUUUCCAUCUCUGGUUUGACCCUUCCGAGGAUUUCCAUUCUUACAGCAUCCUGUGGAAUCAGCAUCAAGUUGUAUUCUUGGUGGACAAUAUUCCAAUUACAGUGUACAAGAACAACUCGGCGAUGGGAGCCAAGUUUCCAUCGGAACCGUUGCAUAUAGAGGCUACGAUAUGGAACGGAACUUGGGUCGGAAAUGUGGAUUGGAGUGUUUCUCCAUUCACUACUUCCUACCGGAAUUUCGAAAUCACCGGCUGCCAAGCUGAUAAUGCCAACCCUGAAAAAUGUGCUUCGCCUGAAUUUAAAUGGAACGCCGAGGAUCAAUGGGAUCUUACGCCACAACAGAAACAAAAACUUGAAAACAUCCGGAAAAAAUACAUGUAUUAUGAUUAUUGCAACCAACCUAAUGCCAAAUCCAAGUAUCCAGAAUGCGCUGUUUCUAGAAGCUAG